AUGGGCAGGCCACCAUCUUUGGAGAGAUGGGGCACUCUACCAUCGUGCAAGAGAUGGAUAAAAAAAACAGCCAGUAAGAGGGGAAAAAUCAAAAGAGACAGGUUGAGAAAACAGGAGAGAAAUGGGGAGGGGGAUAUGCUAAGUAAGGGAAAGAAAGGGGAGGAAAUCGAGGCACGUGAAAGGGAGGGGAAGGAAUUGAGGCACGUGGAAGGGAUGAUGGAAUCGCAGGGAAAAAGGAAAGAAAAUGAGGAGUUGCAUGACAGAGUGGGGAGAGAGGGAAAAUUUUUUCCAGAACUAUUCUCUAUUGAAUUGCAUCAUGGUAGGGAGAUAAGUUAUGACAUGUACGUUGGGGGAAAAGUGACAUAUAUAGAUAACUGUGAUAAAGACCUCAUGUCACUGCCGGUGAUAUCUGAUAUAGUGGAGGCAGUUGGAUACAUUGAGCGGUUCAUGAACUAUUAUUUCAAGAUUCCCAACAUGAACCUUUCAAAUGGUUUGAAGCAGAUUCAAAGUGAUUUCGAUGUUCAGUCCAUGUUCAAUUUUGUUCCAAAAGAUAAAGUGAUUGAGAUGUACAUCGAAGAAUUGACGACAGAAAAAGCCAAAGAGAAAAAUUGUGAAGGGCCAAAGAAGAGUCAAGGGAAAUCUGUGGCUGACGUAGGAGAAAAUGAUACUAAGGGGGAUGUAGGAGAGGGGGAUGUAGGUGAGGGGAAUACUGAAGUAUUCUUUGAUGUACUUAUUAGUUUGGAAGGGAAUGUUGAAGAAGAGAAUGAAGAAGCUACUGAAGAAGAUGAUAGUGACUUUGAAGAGAGUGAAUAUGGGAGUGAUGCUGAUAACCCAGUGUUUUCCAAGUUUGAUGAAAGGGAUUAUGAGCAAAGAAGUGUAAGACAAUCUGAGCAAAGCCGAGAAAGAGAAGAAGAGCAAAGGGAAGAAGAAUUUGAUACUGCAAAUAUGGAACAAAAUGUGAUUGAUGAUCUAGACUAUAACUCUGAUGCUCUUGAGAGUGUACACUCUUCAGAUGAUGAAAGAGGCAAAGAACAUGAGCGAUUUCCAGAGUUCAAUAAGAAAACAUAUCCCACUCUUACACUUGGGGCUUGUUUUCAGGGAUCAUGUCCAAUUCAAGCGAGCUGUCAUCAUGUACUCGCUAGUGAAUGGAUAUGGAGAAAUCCAUUUUCCUAG